CUACAACAAAAAUUACUUUUAGAAAGCUUAGACAAAAAAAGUAGAGAAACAAACACAGCAGAAAAAAGUGCAAAACAAAAAGUAAAUAAAAUGCCUGCCAUAACAAGUGAAAUAUCAACGCCCGCGCCAACCCGCAGCUUACGACCAAUCAGGUCGGCAGUGGCUACAGCUGCGACAGCAGCCACCUCAAUGUUCACAUCAGCAGUAGCGGCAGCAGCGGCAACAGCUGCGACAGCAUCAUCCUUAUCGAAAACAACAAUAACAAUAGCAAGGGAGACACCAUCCAGCAGUAGCUACAGCCAGAAUAGCAUAUCAACUCAACAACCGGAUACUUUGGAACGACGACUGCAACCAGAUGUCGAUACAGUUACCGGAAGUGGAAGUAGAGUAGGCGUAAAUGUCGAUCUAACCACUACACUGCCCAACCGCCUCGCCAAUAUACUGUUAUCCAAUUUUCUGCCUGCCACAAAUACCAGCAGUCCUAGUAGUACCAGGAGCAGCAGUAGUGGCGGCGGUAGCCGUACUUCAGUCACAUAUCCAAUCUUCCGGCCGCCUAGCAUAGAAAAUCUUGUCGCAAACUCAGCUGAGGAUUUGAACGACUUUCGUGAUGUGUCCUUCGAUAUAUUCGACGACAAUGACGAUUUGUUUGGCUCACCAUUGGCAUUUGAUGCUAGCGAGAAUGGUUUGUGGAAUGGACGUUUUGUGCCGCCACCACCGCGGCCACCCUUCUUUGUCGAUGAGCCAGUGCUGAGUGAUGGACUGACAACGUGUGAUUUGUGCUCAUGGGCUAUGCCUACGAAGGGUACAUUCAUAUUCGAGGGCACAAUAGAAAAAGCCUCCGAAUUGGGUUGGCCCUUGACGCUGAUCAUCGUUUCCGUGCUUUCGGCGUUGCUUGGCGCAAUCGUCAUGGUGACGGUUGUACGUUGCAGAAGAAAAAAACCGACGAACAACCGUAAUGAAACGCACGUGCAAUGGUGGUCACGGAACAAGCGUUCAAACGGCAGCAAUAAUAACAAUCACUUGCGACGCAGCAACAUUUACACAGCACAUCCAGCGGACAGUAUUCGUGGGUUGCAGCAGCCAUCGCUAUCGGCAGCCUCAUCGCUUACCACAAUGACCGCAAUGGGCGCAUCAGCGGCACCCCUCCAUUCUACGGCGGUCACACCGAAUACAACACAGCCGCCACAGCUGUCACACCACCAACAACAACAACAGCAGCAAUAUUACCAUCAUCCAUAUAAUCAGCAUGCACUUCAACCUCCGCUACCCCGCAGCCUCAGCGGCCAUCAGCGCGCACCCGAUUAUGAAUACGAGCACGAAUACCAUCAACCACAGGAAUUACAAUUACAACUGCAGCAUCAACGCCAACACAGUUCGUCGAUGUCAUCCGUGUCCGACUCACCAACAUUGCCGGUGGCGAAUAGUAUCAAACCGAGACAGCUGCAAUUGCAACACCAGCCGCUGCAACACCACUUGCAACAAAAUGCUGCACACAAUGUGGCCGAUGGUGUGACCGUUGGCUUUGGUGGGGGUGUAGUUGGUGUUGGUGUGAGCCGACGUGGCGCAUCCGAAUUGUGCGAUGACGCGUCAUGUCGGUGGCCGAACGCGACAAUUGUGGUGGCCAGCUGAGUGGAAGCGCAUAAAUGCAAUACGCCAGCGACGAUGAGUGGCGCAAUGACGCUGCUGCCUGUGAAUCCGUAUCGGGAUCAUCAUCAACACAAACAGCAACAGCAGCAACGUGUUGUAGAACCAUCUGAAUUUGUAUGGACGAAAUCAUGCAGUUCCGAGCAACUAAAGAAUGACUGGAUAUGGCAUUGAGGGCAGCAGCCACAAGAACAGCGAUGAAAUGAACGAUGAAAUUCGUAAUCAUCAAGCAAAGACAAAGAGAACAUAGGACGUGUGUUUAGGCGAAGGGCGAGGUUGUGUAAAUUCUAGUUUUGCAUAAAUAUUUAGUAGAACUUUUGGGACAUGAAUAUUGAUGCCAUUACUGUAGGAUGACAAUCGAACUCCCAAUAAAAUACAUAUUUUGAGAUUUUAACAGCAAAAACUUAAAGAAAUCGUCCAGGAGUUAUUAAACGCUAGAUCAUUAACACCUUCGAAGGUAGAAGAGAGCGAUCAAGAGUUGGAAACGGUCUACGUAUGAAUAUAUGAAUGUGAAGGACAUUCGAUUAUAAGCACAGUCGAAAAGUUAUUUUACCCACUAUCCGUAGACCUUUGAAUUUCGUGCGUGUCGGACUUAUUUUUCACUUAUCUGAUGUGUAAAUAUUUCCCUUUACGGGCCCCCUUAGCAAGCAAGACCGGUUGAGAAGACCUUAGUGUGUAAACGAUUUAUUGUCGUCAUGUAGUGAGGAAUACAUAAAAAAACCAGUUACCUUUAGAGAAGAUGAGCUGUCUAGAUCUGUGAUCUGGAAGCGGACUUGUUUAUAGUAAAUGCUCUUCUAUAUAGUUGGAGGGUUUAGGCUUGGUUUCAGACACUUUUCUGUCAAAGCAUUGGGAUACUUAAUUGCAUGAGUAGUUAAUGUCUUGUUAAUAUUUUUGAUGCGUUACUUGUUUUCGUACGUCAUCAAGCCCAUCUGCUCAUCACGAUUUUCUCAUAUUGUGAGCAUAACAGUUUCAUUGUAAGGGGUUUUAAAUGGGUCAAUAAGACUCUAGCUCUAGCCUGAUUACCAAUCGGCAGACAAUGCCAAACGUCCGGUACGGAGUUGACUGAUUUGACUUAUUUUGAACAGAAUUGAUAAAGUCUGCGAUAUUUUCGGUACUUCAAAGCACCGAUAGGACAAUUCAACAGUGGAUAGGUGACCAGAAUUUAUUUAAUUUACUAUAGCAUUUACAGACCGAGAGAAAAAGUUUGUUUAGUUUAAAGCUUAUUUCUCGAGAGGUAUUGUUGGCUCAUCAAAAUAUUUACCCUAUUCAUGCCGGAAACAGGUGAAAUAUUUUUUUGAUAAUUUCUUUAUUUUUUGUUUUUUUGUUUGUUUUGUUUAGGGUGAUGUAAAGUUGGAAAUUUUUUACCAUUGUUCUAUCCCUCUUUUACAAAAAAAAAAUAAUUUUUAAAAUGUUUAAUUUUAUGGUAACUAAAAUUGAGUUUCGUGGAGUAAAAUACUAAGCAAUUGAAUUCAUUGGUCGGAGGAGCUACUGUAGGUUAACUUUAACCUAAAUUCAUAAGGACCGAAGAAACGUAACGUAAUUUUGAAGUUACGAAUUUCGACUCAGAUUUCUGGUUCCUUCGUUAACUUCAUAAUCAGAAUGCAUUGUGUUUUGACAAUAGCAAAUCUUAAAAAAAUUAAAGGACGCGGUUGCAUUUAAAUACGAAACUGUAGGGUCCCUAUCCCUAUCGAAACCACUAUAUAUGCGGGCUUGGGUAAAGCUUUUCAGUCGGCAUAUAUGUAUUGUAUAUGAACAGAAAGUUGAAGCAAUAUGAAAAUGCAGUUGGUAGAAAAACUUACAGCACUUACAGUUAGAGACUCAUCAUAAGCUCAACAAGGUUUAUGGAGAGUUGAAGUAUGGAGUUAAUGUGGUAGUGGCAAGUGAGUUGUUACAACAUUUACUUUUGCGUGUGCUCCGGUGUUUAUUGAUUGUGCCAUGAGGUGCAAAGAUAUCUCUACUUGAAGUCAAAUGGCUCUUGAUGUCGUGAAGCGACUCGUUUACUAGUUGCGACUCUUGAUCUUGAUGAAAUGUUUAAUGCUAUGAUUAAAAAUAAUAUUAAUAAUAACAACACCUGUGUCAGCUGCUUGAAUCGAGCUGCGUUUUCCAUGUACGCUUUGCGUCUUCAUGUCGCCCCCAUAGUUUGUUGCUGCCUCCGCACGGCAGACAAGUUUUUAUGAGUAGCCUUACGUUCAAGAUCGCAGCGGGCUAUAAAAGUAUUUUCAGAAAAGUACAUUUAUUAUAAGAGCAACCUACCGAAAUAUAUUUGUGACAUUAGUAGCUAUAAGAUAUUUAUCGAAAUACAAUUGAAAGAUACAAGCAAGUCUUUAUUACAAACUGACUUUAAGUAAAAAAAAACAGCUCAAGUGUCCUGCAUGCGUUUGGCUAAACGUCUCACUUAUUAAUUGGUGAUACCCAUUGAUAAUGAUCUCUGUUUUGAAGCCACUUGUUGUUAACAAAUUAGAAAAAGAGCAACUGACACUCAGUAUUUUAAUGUCAUGGAUUUACUACUUUCAGCCCUUAUUUUCCUGUAAAUGGGAGAAUCCAUAUGUUUACGUAAAUAUGUGUGCUGAAAAUACCGAAGAAUCUUUCCAAAUCAGUAAUAAGUAUAUAAAUAAAUCUUUAUUGGCUUAGGAGCCACUUUCGACGUAUAUAUGUAUGCACAUCCACUACUUGGAAAUGACGAAACGUGUUUAUAAAGAGUGAUGUUUUUCAUUUCAAAUUCCCUAUAAUUCCUGCAGUGCGCGCCACAAUCCACUUUAAAUUGCACUCAUAAGAACUUCGAAAUCUCUCACAAUCCCUUUUGUUCACCCUUCGCUCCAUAUCAUACAAAUUAUCAGCAAUCAAAAAUUCUAAGCACACGUUCACAGUCGCAAUUUAACGAUGGUAUCAUAGCAAGACAUAAUCCUUAAAAAUACUUCAAUGGAGACAAAUACAUACUACGGCAUCAGUCACACGGGUAUGUGUGCAUGUGUGUACGACAAAAGGUCCUGCAGACUGAAAAGUAUUAUAAUAAAAGCAGUAGUAACCAUUGGCCGACUGGCGACGCACGCUGAUUUUCUGGCGCUCACAUACAUAUGCCUUCCGGUUCAAGUGCUCUGUUCACGAGAAAACAAAAAUAAGCGGCGAAGCCAAGUGUUGCAAAGAUAAAAAAUGAGAAUUUCCACAAACACAAACACAGACACACACAUAAAAAGACGUUAAAACAAAAAAUAUAAAUAAAUGAUACACCAGCAUUCAGCGUGCGGCGGCAUAUGUGCUAUUUUCUGUUUUUAUGUGUUGUCUUUCACCAAUGACAUCAGCAUGUCAGUCACGUUUCGUCCUUUUUGAAAGCAACGACGUGCACACACACACACAAACACAUACAUAUAUGCACAUUUAUGCUCAUGCAUGGCUACAUAAGAAACCUGCAAUGGAAUUGAAUGAUUUUUUCCAACCGAGUUUCUGCCGAAUAAAGUCAACUCUGCCCACUUUGUGUUUUCAAAAGCACUCACUGUUGGCAUAGCAUGUUUGAAAUGGCCGCAUUUCCGUUAG